GUCGCGUCUGUGUGCGCUCCCCCUUCUUCUGACCCCCGGCCCGGCGGCGCCCGCCUUCUCCGCAGCCACUCCGUCUCUUCCCUCCCCCGGUCUUUUUUUCCUCGCCCUCUUCUUUUGCUUUUCUUCCUCGCCGCCGCCCAAUACCGCCGGCCCCGGGACGAGCUCUGGGGAAGCAGCCAGAAAGUAUAGCUUCUACCAUUGAGCUCAAUGCACUGUGCGUGAAACUGGAAAGAAAACCAAUGUAUAAGCCCGUGGACCCCCACUCUCGGAUGCAGUCCACCUACAGCUAUGGCAUGCGUGGAGGUGCCUAUCCCCCCAGAUACUUUUACCCAUUUCCAGUUCCACCGUUACUCUACCAAGUUGAGCUCUCCGUGGGAGGACAGCAGUUUAAUGGGAAGGGAAAGAUGAGACCACCUGUGAAACAUGAUGCCACUGCCCGAGCCCUGAGGACUCUGCAGAGUGAGCCCCUACCAGAGAGGCUAGAGGUAAAUGGAAGAGAAUCAGAAGAAGAAAACCUUAAUAAAUCAGAAAUAAGCCAAGUGUUUGAGAUUGCGCUGAAGCGGAAUUUGCCUGUGAAUUUUGAGUCUUUCCCUCUGACACAGGUGGCCCGGGAGAGUGGCCCGCCACACAUGAAGAACUUUGUGACCAGGGUUUCAGUUGGGGAGUUUGUAGGGGAAGGAGAAGGGAAAAGCAAGAAGAUCUCCAAGAAGAAUGCGGCAAGGGCCGUGCUGGAGCAGCUAAGGAGGCUGCCACCUCUACCUGCUGUGGAGCGAGUGAAGCCCAGAAUCAAGAAGAAAAGUCAGCCCACCUGCAAGCUACAGACUGCCCCCGACUAUGGCCAAGGGAUGAAUCCUAUUAGCAGACUGGCACAGAUCCAGCAGGCAAAAAAGGAGAAGGAGCCGGAGUACAUGCUCCUUACAGAACGAGGUCUUCCACGUCGCAGGGAGUUUGUGAUGCAGGUGAAGGUUGGGCAUCACACCGCAGAAGGAGCAGGUACCAAUAAGAAGGUGGCCAAGCGCAAUGCUGCUGAGAACAUGCUGGAGAUCCUGGGGUUCAAAGUCCCCCAGGCGCAGCCUGCCAAGCCAGCACUCAAAUCAGAAGAGAAGACUCCAGUAAAGAAACCAGGAGAUGGAAGGAAAGUAACAUUUUUUGAACCUAGCCCUGGGGAUGAAAAUGGAACCAGUAAUAAAGAGGAUGAGUUCAGGAUGCCCUAUCUUAGCCAUCAGCAGCUGCCAGCCGGGAUCCUCCCCAUGGUGCCAGAGGUUGCCCAGGCUGUCGGGGUUAGUCAAGGACACCAUACCAAAGAUUUCGCCAGGGCAGCUCCAAAUCCUGCCAAGGCCACGGUAACUGCCAUGAUAGCCCGAGAAUUGUUGUACGGGGGCACCUCGCCCACAGCCGAGACCAUUUUAAAGAGUAACAUCUCUUCAGGACAUGUACCCCAUGGACCUCGCACAAGACCCUCUGAGCAACUGUACUACCUUUCCAGAGCCCAGGGAUUCCAGGUUGAAUACAAAGACUUCCCCAAGAACAACAAGAACGAGUGUGUAUCUCUCAUCAACUGCUCUUCACAGCCACCUCUCGUCAGCCAUGGCAUCGGCAAGGAUGUGGAGUCCUGUCAUGAUAUGGCUGCACUGAACAUCUUAAAGCUGCUGUCUGAGUUGGACCAACAGAGCACAGAGAUGCCAAGGACAGGAAACGGACCAGUUUCAGCGUGCGGGAGGUGCUGAACCUAUUCUGGCCAUGAACCAUUAUAAAACCCAACAUAUAUACCGAAAAUACUGAGAACUGCUUUGAAAAUUUGGAAUUUCUGAUAACUCCAGUGGGCCAAGACAUGGUGGAUAAAAAAAUGUGGCAAAGAAGAAAAGGAACUGCAGGUGGUGGCCUUGGUUGGGCUGGGCUGCUGGUGACGCUGUGCUCCGCCAUCCACCAGGAGACCAGCAGCUCCAGUGUCUCCAGCUUUUAUUUUUGCCUCGUGACAGAGAAACGGAGAGCGUGGCCAACUCUCACGCUGGCUUCUUCAGAUUCUUUGGAAAACCGGGACAGCCACACCAGAGAGGCCUUACAGCGGCCCCGGAGCUAAACGCACCAGAGAAAAACCAGUGCUUCCUACAUGACUGACGCAACUCUGCCACACGUAGCACCCACCGUAACCACUGCUUUCUCUUCAACAGUGAUGGAUGCCUGUUAGUUCCAUUAUUCCCUUUGGUUGAGAUGACACUAUGUAAUUUUCAUUUCAGUUUCUCAGUUGCAUCUACUUACCUAGCAGUUUAGAAACUAGUCUGAGACAGAUGCUAUCCAGCUAUGUAACUGGCAAAGACCACAGCCCUGUUUGGUGAUGCAUUCUGUGCCUCUGGCUCGGCUGGCAGUUCUGGACUUAACCACAAGAAUCCUUGACUCCCAACCCCUUGUAUAAAUUGGACAGCUUAGGACUUUUAAACUUUAGGAGAUCAAAAGAUUUGGUCCUUUUUAACUUUAUUUUUAAGCAGCAUACUUAAAAGUGAGCCUGACCUUUACCAGUUAUAACAGAUUGUCAACGGGAGAGGUUGUCACCCAUUGUAACAGAUUGCCAGUGGGAGGUCACUUGAGGGAGUAUUGCUCAAGGUGGCUUUUUCUACACACUACAGGACAUUACCUGUGGGCCCAGAAGACUAUGGGCUGGUGUCCCUGGAGGGCCCAAUACAGUCAAUCCCAGCCUCCACGUAGGGAAGGGCGACAGGUUUCCUGGUGCUGUGCUAGUGUGCACAGAGGCAGGAAGGUCUGCCGGCCUGGUGUGGAGCAUUGUGGCUCUGAGUGCAACCCUGCUGCUCCCACUCGGGGUUUAGCUGGACCUUUUCACCCAUGGAAUAUAAGGAAACUUAGUCUUUGUCACCAAUAAAUGAGAAUACUAAAUUUUUUUUGUUAAUUUAUUUUCAAAUGUCACUACUUCUAGAUCAAUCUCCUUCUGGUUCAUCCCCUUCCCCACCUUUUUUUAAAAGAAGAGAAUAUUUGUAAUGCUUGUGAUUCUGUCUGGGCAAAAAUCUGAAGAUCUAAAAUCUCUUUAUAUUAAACUAUUGAUCAAUAAACAGCUACUAAG